AUGUCUAACACCACCAUAUCUUCAGAUACUCGACCUUCGUUGUCAUCGACCACGCCAUUCAAGGACCCUUAUGCGGCAAUUUUUAGCGGAAUGUACUUCGGUUUCCUGCUGUGCGGGCUGGUUCUCCAUCAAGCUUAUCGAUGCUUGAGGAGGCAUUACGACGACAAGAUCGCUCUGCGAUUCCUGGUUGAUUGCGUCGGGGUCUUCCAAUGGAUGUACGGCGCCAUCGUCAUUGCGCAAGUCUAUUACCUUUACCGUGUGGCUUUGAAAGGAUCAUGCCCACCUGACUUCGCUGGAAGAUGGGCGCUCGACUUGAUCCCGUUCUCGUUGUGCUUUGGUAUCUUGGUAAGCCAAGGUUAUAACGUGCGGAGAAUCCAUCUGAUGGAGCGGGGACGCCGUUUCAUGACGACGGCGUUGGUGUUUAUAUUAGGCCUUGAGACCGGCGUGUUCGCAGCCUCCAUAUACCAAGCGCUCAGCAUGGAUGCAACCUGCUCGUGGGGCCUCAGGGCGUCGACGGUGAUUGUGAUGGCAACAGAGUUGCUGAUCACGCUCGGGCUGCAUAAGAGCAGCGCUGAGCUCUCCCUAACGGAAUCGGACAUGAAAGUCGUGAUCAUGAACUGGGUGUAUUACGUACUCAUCCCUGCGAUUGCGUUGUCUUCACUCAUUCGUUCUCUACAAGGUGUACUUACACUGAUUUCUGCCGUCAUCAUCACAACUUUACCGCUUGUCUUACCAACCACUUUGACAUACUCGGCCUCUGGUAUAAUCGCUGUCAGGCUGUUCGGGUACUUCAUUCUCGUCUCCCCGCGCGGUUUCUCGUUCAUCGGCGACAGCUUCCCCAUGUCUGAACCGUGCCUGCGACCACCUUGCAAUGCGCCGUCACUGGAUGCCAUGUACGGCGCCGUGCUUAUUGGCACGUUUGUAGGGCUGAUCUUAUAUGGUAUCACUCUGUACCAAUCCAUGAGGUUUUUCGCGCUAUACCCACGAGAAUCGAUGCUGCUCAGGUCUUUGGUGAUUGGGAUCAUAGUUUUCGAGUCGAUAUUCAGCGUUCUUACCAUGCACAUCUGUUACUUCUACUUGGUGACGAACUAUUCUCAUCCCGAAAGACUUGCAUUCGGUGUCUGCUACUACCGAUCUUAUCAUGCCUCACUAUCCUCCUUCUACACCUGGAGAGUCUAUAUGAUUGGUCGGAAAUAUCGUCUCAUGGCAAUGGUUGUGGCACUUUUACUUAUCGCCGAGCUAGCGUUCUAUAUCGGAUGUACAUAUCAAGCGUUCCACAUUGACCAACUGAGCCGUCUUAGCAGCAUAUCCUGGUUGCUUGCAGCGGGGACUGUCACCGCGGUUGUAGCAGAUCUCCUUCUCACUCUCACACUGGUCCUAUCACUGAAGAACAGUCGUACCGGGAUCAAAGAGACGGACUCGCUGGUCAACACAAUGGCGCUCUACUUGAUAUACACCGGUCUCACAACAGGAAUUGUAGCCUCUAUCACGAUGAUUAUGUCGCUCGUGUAUCCGGAUACACUUUCAUACUCCGCCUCUGGGAUCGUAGCCAUCCGACUGUACGGGAACUCAAUGCUUGCCGCGUUGAACGGCAGGAAAGCGCUUGCGAAGCGCGGCGUGAGGACGUUUGGCGGCAGCGAUACCUCACCACCCGGAACUCAGCUCCAGUUUCGGACAUCCAGGGGCUUGGAGCAUGCUUCACACCGGGAAGCAGAAAGCGUUGUCGUCGCUGAAGUGCAGAACGCAGGAAAGUCGGAGCAAGUCGUGUUCGCCAAACCUGUCACUCACGAGCACGGAGUGUACGCGUAG